UCGUGGUGGGACCGCGCCGCCGGCAGCACCGACGCUGCGACUCGCGACGACACGACGACACGCAGCUGGCGACGCCGCGCGCCUCCCGUACACAGACCUCUCCUGCUGCUGCUACAGCAAGGACCUGGUGGUGAAUUUUGCGGUGCCCAAGACUCGUCCACCUUCACACGGCGAGGACCCUUUGUCCAGCGACGUCUGAUGUGCUUCCGGUCCCCAUCCCCGCAUGGGUGUGCAUGUCAGGCUGAACACUUCUGAAAGUAUUCUUCAACAACAAUAGAGAUGCUGGGCGAGGACGUGGACGAGGAGCUGGGCCAGUGGGGCGCCGCCCUGGGCUACAUGGCGGGGCCGGCCGGCCGCUCCGGCAGCAGCAACGGCCUCCUGGCGGCCCUGCUGGACGCCACCCUCAGCUCCACCACAGAAGACCCGUCGCCUGUGCUGGACGCCGCUGUGAACGGGACGCCGGCCGCGCCAGACAACGACACGCUGUGCCAGCUGGAGCCGGAUUGCGCCGCGGCGCUCGCCUUCCGAGAGACCAGCCGUUUCGUCGUCCAGAGGAUCCUCGUGCCCAUCCUCACCGUCAUCGGUGUGACGGGCAACAUGGCGACGACGGUGGUGCUGUCUCGCCCGCGCAUGCGCUCGUCGACCAACACGUACCUGUGCGCGCUGGCCGUGUCCGACCUGCUGUACCUGUGCUUCAUCCUGACGCUCUCCUUCAAGCACUACCCGGGCAUGGACCAGGAGAGGCAUUCACGCUACUGGUACUACCUGCCCUACGGCCACUGGCUCACCGACGCCACAAGCAGCUCGUCCAUCUGGCUGACGGUGUCGUUCACGGUGGAGCGCUACAUCGCGGUGUGCCACCCGCUGCGCGGCAAGGUGCUGUGCACGGAGGCGCGCGCCCGCAGAGUCACGCUGCUCGUCGUCGUCGCCUGCCUGCUGGCCACCGCCACCACGCCCUACGAGUGGCGCAUCACGCAGACAGAAGAUGGGCUCAUGGACAUGGUGUCGUCGGACUUCGGCAAGCACCCCACGUACCACUCGGUGUUCUACUGGUUCUCGUCCGUGAUGUUCGUGCUGCUGCCCGUGGUGCUGCUCGCCAUCUUCAACUCGUUCCUCGUCAUGGCCGUCCACCGCAGCCGCCGCCAGCGCAACCGGAUGACGCAGGUGGACCAGUGCGACAGCAACCAGCGCCAGGAGAACCGCAUCACGGUGACGCUGAUCGCGGUGGUGGUGCUGUUCAUGGUGUGCCAGACGCCGACAGCCGCGAUGCUGCUGUACACGGUGUUCCGCGGCGGGCAGCCGGGCGAGACGGAGAACAACGUGCGCCUGGCGCUGGGCAACAUCUUCAACUUCAUGGCGGCCGUGCACUCGGCGUGCAACUUCCUGCUGUACUGCGCGCUCUCGGACAAGUACCGGCGCACGUUCGUGCUGACGUUCGUGCCGCAGCGCUGCCGCCGCGGCCGCCUCGCCGCGCAGCCGUCGUCGCGGACCGCCGUCUCCUCCACGGCGACCAACUACACGUCCGUGGCGCUCCACAGCUCCUUCUCGCGGGGCGCGUCCAUGCACGAGGCGCUCAACGGCCACCACCCGCACGCCCACGGCCCGCUCAAGUGGCAGCCGUCCGUGCAGUCGGAAGCUACUCUGUGACAUGCCGUCUCUCGUAGUGCGCACACCGCCACGACCUCCCGAGGUCCUCUUUUCUAGGGCACCUCCACAACACAGUAAUGGCUGUUUCGAGGUGUCCCUUUCGGAACCGAGGAAGUCUCCAUUAAUUUCCUGGCAAGGACCAAAUGUUCUCGAAGGCGCAGAUGGCGUGCCUGCCAAGAGAUCUACUGGUCCUGAGGUCAGAACGAGUUUCAGAUAUGAAUGUGUCGAUUUCAUAGAAUAGUAUAAAACAAGCAGACUACACCAAGAAAUGAUCAACGGAAUUCUGAGUACUGUGAAGUGAUGUUGUGAUGACGGAUUGUCACUCCCCACAUUAUUUAUACACACGAUUUCUUAGACGCAGAGCUGUGGACUAACAGACUCUUCUUUUGAUGUCGGUCUUCAGGCUUUCCCGGCGAGGGGUUGUCAUCUUGGAAAAUCGGAUUUUCUGGCGGUAAUCCGCGUCGUACUUGCACGAUAUUUCGCUCGUGUAUCUCGCAAUCUUCGUCUGGUACGCCCCAUGCUGAGUCCAGUGUGGAACGAGUCCUGACUCCAGACUGGAACCGUUCCACGCUGGAUUCAGCAUAGGUUGCAUCUGACGAAGAUUGCGACAUACAGGACCGAAAUAUCGUGCAAGUACGACGUGGAUUACUGGCAGAAAACCCAAUUUUUCACGACAUCUACUUUUGACACUUAAGGAAUGAAAGAUAUUUGGAGAGCCCAAUCAAAAGUGUUCCGUAAUUCUAAAUCGUUCUGGCAAGGAAAAUUUUUCAGAAUGUGAAUUGGUCAUUACUGUAGCAUCCUAAUGGAUCAACAGUUCCUCUGAGAGCAAAGUAUCAAAAAUGAACCUCCGAGCACCUUGACAGAACAGAUGGCAGUUUUAAAUUCACAAUUUUAAAAACGUAUGAAAUUGGAAUGGCUGCCUCAGUAGAAACAGUACUUUCGGAUCCAAUAAACCUUAGUCAAAACAUUGGAGUGAACGCUCGCUUACAAGCCUAGCAGUAAGAUGAUUUUGUUGUUGCGGUGUAACCAAGACUCUUCUACAAAAAAGUUACACACGUAAGUGGAGCUUUGAGCGAAUCAGUCAUGCCAUAACUCUGUGAAUAUACUCUUUAGCACUUACCUGCUAAGUACACAAUCAUUCAGCGUAAACGCAUUGUCUUGAGCUACAAAAUUUUUCAGGCUGUGCUCUUGGUAUGAUUCUAUGAGUACAGAAGAUGAGACAUUAGUUUAGUAAUCGUUCAAUAAGCAAAUUAUUGAACAUGAAUAGCGAACUGUAUUAGCUUCUGCCAGAAACAUGUUUCCUAUACUGUAGAGGAAAUCAUAACUGGUCUGCGAUGGUAAGCCGUUCAGGCUUAGCACAAUCAUGACUGCUGAAUAAUGUUGCACUCCAACUGAAUGUUUGUCACUGGAUACGAAACUGAAAGUAGUACAUAAUCUCUACAUAUUGCAGUGUAAUGGACUCCUGGAUUUUAGCCUGCUGCCUUACCUUACUAUCAAGUCAGUUAAAAUCCAAUCAAAAUUUUACGAGAAUAAAUCAGUUACGACUUUGGCUACAGCUGCAGUGAAAAUUAAUGUUGAAAUGCAGGCUAACUUUAACCCUACUCAGGCUAAUUUUCACUUGUCCAAAAAUUUUGCUAUUAACAUUGUACAAUUUUUGACAGUAUUUUGGUGAAAAGGAGACGAGAAGUAGCAGCACAAAAUGUUUGUUGACUAACUUUAUGGUAAUGCCGUAGGUCAAACUCGAAACCUUUUCACAGUGUCUCAUGGAGCGAAGGCACGUAACACCUAACAUUGCGAGAAAAGAAGGCGGCAGGCGAGUGAAACAAGCGCACUGUUACUACAUAAUCUUAAUGCUAGAGACAGUCUGUGAGCUUCGUCUUAGUGGCCUUCUUGGGCUACUCAGAAGGAGAAGGCUAUGUGCUAGCACUAGGUUUUACCCUUCCAGUCUCAUCAUCAUUAUCAUCAACAACAACAACUACUACUACUACUACUACUACUACUACCACCACCAUUACUACUACUGAUUCAAUCCCAGACUAGGCUUAUACUGCCAUAUUAUAGACUGCAAUUAGUGAUUAGCCAUUUGCAUACGUUUUAACCCUGUUCCAAGUACAUUCCUUCUCUUUUUCAAAACCAUGAGUAACAGAAGUUGGUUUAUGAUGCGACUUGGACGAAAUGACACUGUGAGAACAGCGCAAGUCUAAAGUGGGGAUCACAUGUCUGCAUUACCUUGGCUGUACGUACAGAUAAAUCGUUGCGUGUGAAUGAAUCGCGGAUUAAAAAACGUGUCUUUGUUAAUGUCUGUGUUUGGCUUGUGCCAAAUCUGACUGCGAUCGAAUUUACUCAGACCAGCUGUGCAGACCAGAUUAGUACUUCAUACAUGACACGACAUGUUUCUGGAAUGAUGUAUCUCAGUGCUUAGGGUGAUAUCACGGCAUAAAAUUUCAGAUAAGCUUAGUUUUUGCCAGUUACCAAGUAUCUCAACGUUACUGCAAGUCUUUCACAAGCGCUUAGCGCAUUCCCCAUUACAGUUUCAUUGCACCUUAUACAGUGUGUUUCAAAAACACUUUUACGAACUCUGGGGACAGGUUCCUUACACCAAAGCAAGAAAAAAAUCUGUAAUAAAGGGGGUUUAGAGUCACGAUGACGUAUAUUUUGACAUAUUUGCUUCACCAGUGCCUUAAUUUUAAAGCUGGGAAAUUGUUGAAUGAACCACGAGGUGCCACGAUUAUCAGCAACGUGAACUUAGGUGCUAGCAGUGAUAGUGUUUCUCUUGUUGCAAAAUUUAUUUAGCGUUCAUCUCAAAACACCGUAAUGACUCUAAACCUUCGCUCUAAAAUGCAUACCUUAAGAGCUAUGAAGACUUGUUCAUCUUCGUUACUGUGAAAUACAUGUCUUCUGUGAAACAAGUGCUAAUAGUUCUUAAGGUAUGCAGUUUCAAACCCAUAUUUACUGGACUUUUUUUCUUGUUGUGGUGUGAGGAACCUGUCCCCAAGUUUGCAACAGUAUUUUCUCAACACCUUCUAUAAGGCGUAACAUACUGCAACAACACAAAGAAUGACUCUUCGUCCUACGUAGUUAAGAGUUGGUUUCUUGUUUUCGCUAGGUUAACAUGCAAAAGCGUUACACGUUUUAAAAGCCACUCUUCUGCGUACUGUCGUGUCUCUUUUUAUAACUGUCUAAAUAAUAGCAAUAGAGAGAAUAGCUUAUGUUCUAAGCAAAUUUUCUUAAUUUCGUCAUUGUCAGAAAAUACUCUGCACUCGCAAGAUACUGAUUCAGGAUUGGGAGAAAGCUAGAUUGUUGUUUAAAGGUGUAAAUUCGAAUUGAAUACUACAGACGAGAUGCGCAAACGGUCGUCGCAAACAUGGUCUGCUCGGGCAGACUUGAGCGUGUAAAGGACCGUAAAGACUCCUCCUUGUUAGCUCAAGAUAGUAAAACAAAAAAUAGGAUAGGUCACGUAACUCUCCCGGUUACUUACACCGUCUUCCUUGCAUUUUCUUUUUCGAGUAGUUUUCUCGCCCUGGCUGACAGUCUUGCCAUACCACGCCCUCGAUAUAGCCGCGGAGGGCAUUUUUCUUUUUAUCUUCCAUUCUUACGUCUCACUGAAUAACAAAGUCGAAAACGAGUCUCUGCCAUCAUCGGGCGGAGAAGAUGACUCUUAUUCUCGCUUCUGAGAAGCAGGUGCUGUCCGGCUAAGAACUGAUCCGACGUGAGUGCAGCGGAUCAAACUAGAUUACACCUGCGCUUUUAAAGUGAGGCAGCUGCCGUGCGUAAAGUAGGGGCCAAGUAGGCCGCCUGCCGGCCGGCGACCUGUGACGUCACGCCAGCCUCAGAAUUGGCAGGCAGCGCUGGCCCGCGUCCACCUCACUUCGCGCCUUCCACACGGCGCCACUAAAAGGCCCCUGCACACGCACCGACAGAGUGGCCAACAAACUGGACGUGUGUAGGCGUUUCGACCGACAAACCUAUGAAUUUUCCUUGGCAAGAUGUCGGAAGGGGACCACCCGACAGCCGACCCCCCACCACUGCACCCAACAAAUUGUGUAUUGUUUAACGCUGUCAUGGUAAUCGCCUGACAAAAAUUCUGCUUUCGCCAUUGUACAGUUCUGAUAUACAUAACAGGGUGCGAGGCAGGCGAAACUGUAAGGACAGAGUUUCUGAAGAAAUUUAAAAGACUGCAGAUGUUUCUGGGAGACGUAGUGCGGGGAGUAUAACAUACAGAUGCGAGAAAUGAAGCACUUGUUUCAUUUUUUUUAACGAAUCCAUAAUGGUUUCGUGCAGCAUAUAGAAAAAAUAAAAAAAGUCACUUGACCUUCCGUAGUUAUAUUUUUAGGUUUUAUUUCCGAUACAUUGGAUGGACGUUAAUUCAAUUAACUAGCUUGGUUCAUUGGCACAAGUGUUAAAAAAAAUUCCAGUCUAAACUCUCUGAUAUGAAGACCCAAGUGUGAUUUUUUUUUUUUUUUUACAGUUCUGACAGCUGCUAAGUGCUUCAUUCUUUAUGUAUCUGUUGUAUUUAUUAGAUGAUGUGCGCCACCAACGUUUGUAGUCUUUCUUCUUCGACUUUGAAAUGAGUUUCUUUAACUCAUAGGUCAUCUUUCAUGCUACAUAUAAAUAAAUUAAUAACGUUUACGUGGACAUCUUCUGUUUUUUUUUAUUUUGGUUUACCAUUAUGUAUUUCCUCAGUCAACUAUAAAUCACGAUGCAAGUUUCAGGAAACAUUUUAAUUGAUGGGAUGCAGCAGCAUUGAAUUUGAGAUCCCCAUAACUUCUACCACUAACUAGAAAUUGUAAUGUAGCUAACAGUCUCUCCUUGCAGCUUACAGCCACUCGCUUGACUGUAUAAUUGAUAAUUAAAAACGUUCAGCAGCGCUGAAAUGCACGUUUCAUCCUUUCUUAGAUAAUUACGAAAAUCAUCGGGCCCCAACUGCUUAAGUCACAGAACGUGGGUAAAUAUGUAUUCUUGCUCUAGUCAAUUCUUCGCUCACAGCUUCCUAUCGGCCUUUCUGUGUAAAACCAAGCGGGAUCUCGUAGAAUAUAAACAAUGAUGAUGAUUUUUGAUUUGUGGGGUGCUCAACUGCGCGGUUAUCAGCGCCCGUACAAAGUCCUAAUGUUUUUUACACACGCAGUCCAAUCUAGUCACAGCCACGAGCGAGUGAUGAGAAUGAAAUGAUAGGGACAACACAAACACCCAGUCCCCCGGCAGAGAAAAUCCCCAACCCGUCCGGGAAUCGAACGAGGUACCCCGUGAUCCAGAGGCAGUAACGCUAGCCACUAGACCACGAGCUGCGGACAGAAUAUAAACAAUGAUCGAGAUAAACAAAUUAUAAUAAUAGGGCGGCAUUGCAACCGCUAAGUGCAGUCGGUCGGGACGUAUGUAGGGUGCCAAGAAAUUGAUCGGUGGGUCGGCCGAUAAAUUGGCGCGUGUGUAGGAGCCUUUUAAGCGCGGCC